CUUUCCCUUUAGGAAUUUUGUGACAAUGCUGAUUUUCUUGGCUGCUGACUCAGCAUAAAGUGUGUUCCCAAGAGGCCACCUCCUAGAAGUUUAUCAGAACACGAUAACAGACGAUCCAAGAUGCUCAUCAAAGUAAAGACGUUGACAGGAAAAGAGAUUGACAUCGACAUCGAACCCACGGACAAGGUGGAAAGAAUCAAGGAGAGAGUAGAGGAAAAAGAGGGAAUUCCCCCACCCCAACAAAGGUCUGUAUAUUAUUACCACAUACUACUGUGUGAUUGUUUUUCUCUCUACAGAUUGAUUUUCAGUGGCAAACAAAUGAACGAUGAGAAGACAGCUGCCGACUACAAGAUCCAGGGAGGCUCUGUGCUCCACUUAGUGCUUGCCCUCAGAGGAGGACUCUAAAUUGAUAAUUCAUGACUGAACAAUUUAGUACUACCAUUAUUAUUAUGUGUUCAUGCAACUUAAUAGUACCACGACCACUUUAAUUCAUGUAUAAUUAUGUGUGAAAGGAUUUUUCAUCAAAGAAUUUUUUGGUUAAUGACAAA